UCACGUAUUACAGCGUUGUUUGAAACAACAAAGGCAAAAAGUCAAAACAAUUAUUGUGGAUGCCAUGGGCUUUGUGUAACUAUUAUUAAUUUUGGUUCUUGCCUUUAUCGAGUCUUUGUCGGGUCAGUUGGGUACUGCUGGCUGGAUACUAGUAUGCUGUGCCACGAAUGCAAAGGGGGAGGAGAGAGUCACCCUUUGUUUGUUCUACAUAGGAGUGAAGAUUGAAUUGAACAACGUCGAAACGACCAACUAAUGUGCGAGUGGAUCACCGUGUUGCUUUAGUUUCUCUGGACUAUAGUAGACGAAACAACAUCACUGACCAGUUACGGCAGUACUGGCAGUAGUGUUUCAAAAUCUCAUGGGUCGGUCAGAAGGCAGUUUUCACCCUAUUGGCCCACAUCGUCAACACUGAUUUUCUACCAAUUAGUGUAUUCAAUCGUGUCCGGCUGGGUUGUAUGUAUGGAUGUUCCCGAAUGAUCCAGGUGCCUUGAAGCACUUACAUCUGUGCAGUGUAGGAGUGCUUUCCACUGCUGGUAAUAUGGAUGCUAGUCCAAGCUAUGAUUUCGCCAAUGGAAUUGGUUGUUUGACAUUGCACGACGACUCCCGUCUUCGUCGGCAAAAGAGUCGCAGCACGUUGAAGCGGAAGUGUGAUGAUAGCAUUGACGCAACAACGUUGCAUGCAGCACCUAAACGCAUCUGUCCGUCCGCUGUUAGGCAGAGGCGCACCGACUUAUUUGAAGUCUACUGCAACUCGAAUAAGUCGUGCAUCGAUGCCUUCGGUAUGGAGCGGCUUUGCUCUCACCUGAACGUGCACCCAUCUGACACAGUGAUGUUGGUGCUUGCAUGGACCAUGGGUGCCCAGGAUAUGUGUGUGUUUACGCGAUCGGAGUGGCUAACUGGAAUGUCAGCUCUAAAAUGUGACAGUCUAGCAUCACUGGAAGAUGCACUACCAUCUCUGGAGCGUCUGCUGAAGGAGAAAUCGAAACUUCGCCAGAUCUAUCGAUUUGCUUUUGACUUUACCCGUGAUAAGUCACAGCGUGGCAUCGACCUGGAAUCAGCCCGUGAAAUGCUAUCGUGUGUGUUGGGCCAUCGCUUUGUUGCUUGGCCACUGCUGGGCAGCUUUCUAGAGUUUCUGACUAAAAGUAGCUAUCGUGGUAUGACGCGAGACCAGUGGACCAGUCUGUUUGAGUUUGCUGACAGCAUUGCUGUAGACCUUACAAACUACGACGAAGAGAGCGCUUGGCCAGUCAUGCUAGAUGAGUUUGUUGAGAGUCAACGGAGCACGCGCGGACUGCCUCCGUAUUCCAGUGUGCGGGCAGCGGAUCAGGAUAGUGGCAAUGAGGAUGGUGAAGAUGACGGACUGGAUAUGGAUGUUUGACUGGAUAUGGAGGUUUGACUGGUGAGAUACCAGUAGAGGAGGAGUUCCGUGACCAUCAGAUAUCGCCAAUACUGGUUUAUGGUGUGGUACUUUUGUCUGUCUGUCUGUCAGUCUGGUCUUGCUCUUGGUGGGUGGUCUGCCUAUCCACCGUUCCACUGUCUGUCUGUCUGUCUAUCUGUCUGUCUGUCUUUACAUAGCGGGGUUGUACUAGCCAAGUGUGCCCGUGCCGUGUACUCCAGCUCAUGCUUGUAUCCCAGUAUUUCUGGUUUAUUAUUCAUUGAUUUAUCCCGCUAUAUUUUCCAGUCAUAUGGAGGCUGACAUGCCCUUUUAGUGCUUUUUAUUCGACUUCUUUUUAAGUUUUAAUCAAACAUUGACAACUUGAUCAUUCCGAUUGUAGUCGAGUCUUCGCUUAUCGUACGUUUUGCUUGGAAUUCUGGCCUUGGAUUUGACAACCUUCUUGGACAGACAGAUAUCGAUGCAAGGUCUUGUGUGCAAUGAUUGCUGAACAUAAUGUACAGCCAUGGAGUUCUUCAAACGUAUACCGUAGUGUCCAUAAUUGUCAUGUAGAGUUUUUUUCUUUCGUUUGUCGUUGUUGGACUGGCACGUGUCAAGUAAGUUGUUUCUGUUGCUGUGUGUAUUUGUCGUUAUCACCAUUGUGCCACUAGCGUCGCAAUGUACAUCUUCAGAUCACAGUGCUAUAUUAUUAAUUAUAACCUGCCUCUGAUAUCAUGGGGUGGUGGUUCACAUUCCCACCAGAAUACUAUAAGUCUUGCUGUGUUGCUGUGCCAGUAUCAGGAGGUGAUUCAA